UUCAUUUCUAACAUUUUUUGUACAUUUUUGGGGUCUCUCCUCUGACCCGACUGGUAAAUUGUUUACGCGUUUUGUUUGCGUUGGUGGGAUAAAGGAUAUAUUUUACGUAAUCAUGGGUGGUUUUAGAGAGUUAUGGGUGGUUUUAGAGACAUUUUUAUUUAUUUUCGUGGAUAAAUUAAAAAUUUAUUCAACUUAUUUCAGGCUCCGCGCCCCAUUUACAUUAAACAUCCAAAAAAAAUCCGUUAAAUCCAGACGCGCAAAGCGUCCUUUAAAACACUAAAGUAAUAAAUUUACACUAUUAAAUAACACUAAACAACGAAAAUGGUUCUUCGAGUCAUGUACGUGAUUGAAUUGAUGGAGGCUGAAGAAGGCGGCAUUGAGCUAGUUGACCCCUCUUGGUGUCCUGAGGAAGGCCCUCCACGCCGUAAAGUUAAAUCACCUCCAGUCAUCUCUCCAACUGGUUCAUCUACAUCAUUGUAUAGUGGGGGAAGUAGCCAACUUGAAUGGCAAACAACAGGUACAGCUUUGGAAAUGCAAGGAACCAAAGUUACACGAACUCAAUAUGGAUUUCGUACAUUACAAGAAUCUUCUGCAAAAAUGUACAAAGAUAAUGUUUUGGUACGAGAAGACGACCGCCAUACAUUUUAUGCUGAUGAAGAUGGAUUCUUUGCUUUAACGAUAGAUCCAGUUCAAACUGGCGAUACUGGAAGGUAUACUUGUGUAGCUACUAAUGAAUAUGGACAAGCUAGCACUUCAGCUUUCUUUCGAGUUUUAAAAGUUGAAAAAGAAUCAGCAUCUCCUGAUUUUGUUAAAAUGUUGGAACCAUCCGAUAGGAGUUGUAAAGAGGGGGAUGUUGUUGAUUUUGAAUGCCAAGUUAGUGGAUGGCCUGAACCUGAACUUCUUUGGCUAAUGGAUGGACAGCCAUUAAGGCCCUCCCACGAUUUCCGAAUUCAGUAUGAUGGGCAACGAGGAACUUUACAAAUUCGCGACGCUCAACCAGAUGAUACUGGCACAUAUACAGUACGCAUUACAAAUGAUUAUGGUGUGGCAGAAACACGGUGUCGGCUGGAGGUUCAGUCGGAUCCAGAUAGAAACCAUGUUUCUCCAGAAUUUCAAGCUGUCCUCGAAGAUGCAGACUGUAAUGAAGGGGAUACUGUGAAAUUUAAGGCAAUUCUUACUGGUGAUCCGAACCCCGAAGUGAUUUGGUACAUUAAUGGAAUUCCUCUUACUCAAUCAGAAAAGGUUCAAUUCAUUAGCGAAGAUGGCAUUUGUAUUUUAACUGUUAAAGACGUAAAUCGUCAUCAAGAUGGGACUGUUACUUGUCAAGGAAAGAAUCGUCUUGGUUCGAGCAGUUGUGAAGCAAGACUGAGAGUCCGUGUACCACCUCUCCCCCCAUACUUUGAACGCCCCUUAGAGGAUAGAAUGAUUACUGAGAAUGGAGCUGUUAUGUUUGAGUUGGAUGUUGUAGGGUAUCCCGAGCCAAAAGUAGAAUUCUUCUUGAAGGGCUGUCCAUUAAUUGACGGAGUUGGAGGAGUAGAAAUUCGGCAGCUUGAGGGCAACUAUCGCCUCACAAUCCCUGAUUGUAAAAUUGACUCACACGAUGGAGAGUUGCUCUGCCGGGCACAAAAUGACCAUGGACAGGCAGAAAGUCGUGCCAGAUUGACUGUUGAACCUGAGGAGGAAGAAAGCAGGAGUGCCCCUACUUUUGUUAAGGAACUUGAAGAUCAGGCGAUUAAACACGGUGAACACGCUAUAUUUGAAGCGAUUGCCCGUGGUUCUCCUCUCCCUGUUCUCAGUUGGUUCAUCAACGGCAAUAAAUUGAAUGCUCAAACUCAAGGAGUAAUCUCUAUUGAAUCAACCGGAGAGGGAACUGGACAAAAGAUAACUUUAGAUUCAACAAAUUGGGCUGGCACUAUUUUAGCUGAGAAUGCUAUUGGACGUUUUGAAACAAAAGCAAGGUUAAUUGUUCUACCCCCUGAACGACGGAAACAACCACCCGUAUUUCGCAAACCACUUACUGAUAAAACAGAAAAUGAAGGGGAUUCUGUCGUUUUUGAAGUUUGUGUUGAUCCCGAAUCUUUGGUUAAUAAAUUUAUUUGGCGCCUGAAUGGGGUUGAAUUGAAUAAUGGUGAUAGAGAAGGGAGAAUAAUUUUGAGCCAGGCUGAUGGAGGAAUUGGCCGUUUGGAACUUAAUAAAUGCCGUUUGGAGGAUGGUGGCACUAUUGAGUGUAUUGCUGUUAAUACUGAGGGCGAAACUUCCACCUCUUCCAAAUUUAGUGUUACUAUAGGACCACCGACAAAGAAAGGCCGUUUUGAUGGUGGUGAGGAAGAAUCUGAAGCUAGUAGUUUGAUAACUAAAGUUGAGAAUAUCCCUCCUGUUACCAUUGUUGUUGGUGAUCAGAAGGUUUUGGCGACAGAAGGAGAACCAAUGGAAGUUCAAUUUUACGGUGGCCUAAAGCCUACUUUUACUAAAGGACUUGAAGGAGCUGUUUUGGAAUGCCGCCCCGGUGAUAAUCUAAUUGCAGAGGUUGAGGUGUCUGAUGCACAAACAAUUAAAUGGUUUAAAAAUAAUAUUCCUCUUGAGGAUGGAAAAGAAGGAAUUCGUAUAGAACAAUCGCCUGGUCGUAGCCGACUUAUCAUUCCAAAUAUUCAAGUAGGCCAAAAUGGACAACUAAAAGUCGAGGCAGAAAAUGAAAAUGGAAAGUCUGAGAGUAAUGGACAAGUUAGAAUAUUAGUUGAGAAUGGUCAAGGUUCAACAGCUAACGUGCCAGUACAAAUACGGAAGCCCUUAACAGAUAUAACGGUUAUCGAGAACGACACUGCCGAGUUUCGUGCAUCAGUCAUUGGCACUCCAACACCUAACAUUCGUUGGCUCCUUAAUGGUACUCCAGUUGAGGGAGGAGAUGAGAAUAUUCAGAUAACCAGUCGUCAAACUGGAGAUCAAACUGAACACACCCUUCGAAUACCAAGAACAACUAUUUCUGCUCAUAAUGGUGCUAGAGUUGUGUUAAGAGCUACUCAAGAUGGACAAGGGGAUGGAGUACAAUCCGAGGCCAAUAUCCACGUUCAUGCACGUGUUCUUGGCCCUCCAUACUUUAGUAGACAACCUCAGGAUCAUGAUGUAUAUGAUGAUGUAGAAUCAGUCAAAUUUAGUGCUAUUGUGCAUGGAGAGCCUGUUCCGACUGUGACUUGGUCCUUGAAAGGACAAGUUCUCACUGCCAGCGAUCAACUACGAAUAAGGCAUGACACUAGUACUGGGAAAACUUCAAUUAGAAUAUUCCACCCUCGCGCUGAUACACAUACGGGUGAAAUACGUGUUCUUGCAGAAAAUAUUCAUGGGGCUACUGAAGCUUUCGCUAAUCUUUUGGUUCAACCAAAGGCUGAUCUGCCUCGUUUUCUUACUGAUAUGGAUGAUAAACUAGUCCCUGAAGGGGCAGAUAUAAAAUUUAUUGUUCGUAUUGAAGAAACUGUGCCUCCAGCUGAGGUGCAAUGGACUUUAAAUGGGAAACCGUUGAGUGAUGGAGACAAUAUUCGAAUAACCAAGGAAGGCAAUAAUCACAUUCUCGAAAUCACUAACGUCAAAAAAGAGCAAGCAGGAGAGUGUGCUUGUAUUGCAAAAAAUUCUGCAGGAACUAAGCGCCAGAAUUCACAAUUAGCUGUUAAAGAAGUUGGAGUACCUCCAACAUUUGCUCGAAAUUUGGAAGAUCGCCUUAUGGAUGAUCAACAAACAUUGGUUUUAGAAGCCCAAUUAGCUUCGGGUGUCAGACCCGAACCUACUGUUAAAUGGUUCCGAGAUGGGGUUGAACUACAAUCUAGUGAACGUGUUAAACUUGUUGAAGAAGGAGAUAUUGACCAUAGGGUUUACAGAAUGACGAUUUUACGGAUUGAAAUGGCUGACAAAGGCCGAAUCACUAUACAAGCAGAAAACCAAUUUGGCAAAUGCGAAUGUACCGCCAAUGUUGGUAUUCAAAGGCGUCAGUCGUUAAGAAAGCCUCAAUUUCUCUCUGAACUGGGUCCUAUUACUGUUACAGAAGGCGAUACGCUAAAUGCUAAGGUGAUCAUAAGCGGAGACCCUACACCUUACACUAAAUGGUACAUCAACAAUCAAAUGGUUUACCAAACAGAAGAUACAGAAAUGGUACACGAAUCGGGCGUUUACACACUUAAAAUCCACGGGUGUACUCGUGAUAUGACUGGCACAAUUCGUUGUGUUGCUGGCAAUAAAAUGGGAGAAGCUAUUAUUGAGGGGAAAUUGGUAGUCGUUGCUCCAGUACCUGUGGAGUUUGAAACUGGUUUAUGCGACGCAACCUGUCGUGAGGGUGAUACUCUUAGACUUAAAGCUGUUCUACUCGGAGAACCAAUGCCCGAAGUUUCUUGGUUUAUUAAUGGGAAUAAAUUAGUGGAAAGCCAAAACUGUAAAAUCACAACUAUUGGAACAACAUACACCGUUUUAAUUCGAAAUAUUACACAAGACUAUGCUGGUAGCGUUGUUUGUGAGGCUGUUAAUGAGUUUGGAAAGGCCUCAUCACAAGCAACGUUGAGAGUUUUACCACGAGGUGAACCUCCUGAUUUUAUUGAAUGGCUAAGUAAUGUGCGGGCACGUCAAGGAUCAGAGGUUAUCCACAAAGUCGUUUAUACCGGAGAGCCUCGUCCAGCUAUUAGCUGGUUUAUUAAUAAUCAAGAAAUUGUUACUAGUACUGAAGAGAUAAUUAUUACAACAACUGAGAACACUUCAACUUUAACUAUACCUUCGUUCAAUCCCGAAAGGCACGUUGGAGAAAUUAUUUGUAAGGCUGAAAAUGAUGCUGGAGAAGUAUCUUGUACAGCAAAUAUGGCUACCUACACUUCCGAUAUGUUCACUGAAUCCGAAAGCGGUUCCCAAGUUGAGGAACGUUUGGAAGAGGAUUUAAUGGAGACCAUGAGAACUUCAACCCCCAUAAUGGCACCGGCCUUUAUUACAAAAAUAAAGGAUACAAGAAUUCAACGUGGACAUCAAGCAAUAUUUGAAUGUGUUGUUCCUGACACUAAAGGCGUUUGUUGUAAAUGGUUACAUGAUGGAAUGGAGAUUGAAUUAAUUGCUAGAAUUAGAGUUCAAGUACAAACGAUUGAAGGAUUUACAACUUCUGAAUUGGUUAUUGAUGCAGUAGAACCUGAAGAUGCCGGAAAAUAUACUGUUAUUGUUGAGAAUGAGGCGGGGAGGGCACAAUGUGAAGCUGAAUUGACUGUUGUUGAAACAAUGGACAAACCUGUCCAGAUGCCACCCGAUUUUAGCAUCAAAUUACAGGACAAAUCUGUGCCCCUCACUGAAAGGGUUACAUUUGAGUGCAAAGUUACUGGAUUACCCGAGCCACAAAUUGUGUGGCUUCAAGAUGGAAAACCUUUGGAUUCUUUGCCUGGAGUGCGCACUGAAAGCGAUAAGGGCAUCCAGCGUUUAAUAAUUGAAAGUGUGGAGAGAGUCCAUGAAGCUUGUUAUACUUGCACUGCUGAAAAUGUAAUUGGAAAGGCUGAAACUUCUGCAAAUCUACGUGUUGAAACAAUGGCACCCGUAUUUACUCGUCCCCUAACUGAUCUACAAGCACAAUUAGGUGGCCAAGCAGUCUUAGAAUGCCAUGUUAAAGGGAUUCCGCAGCCAACAGUUGAAUUUUACUCAGCACAUGACAAUUUCCGCAUUCAGACUGGCACUCGAGUUAGUAUUCAACAUGAUGCUACAAAUAUACAAUGGAGAAUGGUUAUUAAAGAAAUGCAGCAAGGUGAUUUUCGCACUUAUCGAGCAGUUGCUCGAAAUGAAAUUGGACAAGUUCAAUGUGAAGCUAAAAUUGUUGAACAAGAGACUAGUCUGGAACGCCCUCGCAUUAUUGAACCAUUAAAACGUUCUCGAGUUCGAGAGGGUGAAACAGUAGAAAUGGGUGUUAGAGUUGCUGGUGGUCGGCCAGGAAUGCCGUUAGAAGUUGAAUGGUUCAAAAAUGGAACACCUCUGGUACCUGCAGAUCAACGUGUUCGACUAGUUGAGUAUAGAGAUAGUGGAGAGUUUAAACUUAUUAUAGAAGAUGCGCGAGUGGAAGAUGCUGGAGACUAUGGAAUUCAAAUUAGCAACCAAGCUGGUAAAGAUAGUAGCCAUGCACAAUUAGCUGUUGAUAAAAAGGAAGAAUUACAAAAAGCACCAGAAUUUACUCAACCAUUACGCGAUGUAUCUAUUCGUGAGACUGAAACCGUUGUUUUAACAUGCACAGUUUCUGGCGAACCAAAACCGCAAGCUCAAUGGAGUUGUGAUGGAAAACCUGUAUAUGAUGAUGGACAACGCAUCAGAAUUAUUAGUGAGACAGUAGAUGAGAUUCAAGAACGACAUUCUGUUACUAUUACGACUUCAACACCCUCAGAAUCUGGCCUUUAUACUUGUAAGGCAGUCAAUCCAGCAGGGGAAGCUGAGACACGUGGACGUUUAACAGUUCGUGAGGAUUUGGCCCCUCCUAUUUUUACCGAACUUUUGCAUGACGUACAAAUUCGUGAACGUGAAACAGUCACAUUUUCAGUUACUGUAGAAGGAAGACCAACACCACAAAUUCAAUGGCUUAAAGAUAGUCAAACAAUUCAAUUCGAUACUCGAAUUGUUCAACAAGAAAUUGAUGAACAGCGAGGUCAUUAUGUUGUUCAGUUAAAAGAUGCUUUAAUCUCCGAUACUGGACUUUACAAUUGCCAAGCAACAAAUAAAGCUGGGCAAGCUAAAACUGAGAGUCGUGUAACUGUGGAGGAACUGUUGGAAACCCCUAAAUUUACUGAAGGACUGAGACCAGUAGAAGUACGUGAAGGUGAUUCAGCAACAAUGUCAGUAGUGGUUAGUGGAGUACCUAUGCCAGAAAUAUUUUGGUACAAGGAUGGAUCUCCAGUUGAAAUUGACGGACAACACAUAAUCCAACGUGAUUCAGAUAAUCAACACAGCUUGACUGUUCAAAAUGCCACACUCCGCGAUGCCGGUACAUAUACUUGUCAAGCAAAAAAUAAGGCUGGCCAAUGCGUAACACAAGCACAGCUUGGAGUAAUAGAACAACUAGAGGCCCCCAAAUUUGUUGAUGGUUUAAAACCAGUCGAAGUAAAGGAAGGUGAAACUGCCAAAAUGUCUGUCCAGGUGGAUAGCAAACCAGCACCUAAAGUUCAGUGGUUUAAAGACGGACAGCCAGUUAAUGUUGAUGGUGUUCAUAUAGUUGCUACGGAUGAUGGACAUGGGAAGCACGAAUUAAUAAUUAAAGAUGCCAAAAAUAGUGAUGCUGGAACUUAUACCUGUAAAGCUUCUAAUAAAGUUGGAGAAGCCGAAUCCCAAGCAAAGUUCGCUGUUAUUGAAGAAUUGGAAGCACCUAAAUUCGUUGAUGGACUUAAACCUGUUGAAGUAAAGGAAGGAGAAACAGCCAAAAUGUCAGUUGAGGUAACCGGAAAACCUGAACCAGAAGUUCAAUGGAAUAAAGAUGGAUGGCCUAUUCAAGUUGAUAAUGUCCACACUAUUGUUAAAGAUGAGGGGAAGGGCCAACAUAGUUUAACAGUAAAAGAUGCCAAUACAGCAGAUGCUGGAACCUAUUCAUGCAAAGCAACGAAUAAAGUUGGAAUGGCCGAAACACAGGCCAAAUUUGGGGUUAUAGAAGAUUUGGAAGCACCAGAAUUUACUAAAGGAUUAACCCCUGUUGAAGUGAAAGAAGGGGAAACAGCAAAAAUGUCUGUCGAAGUGAAGGGCAAACCAAUAUCACAAGUUCAAUGGUUUAAGGAUGGACAACCUGUUCAAGUUGAUGGAAUUCAUGUUGUUGCUACAGAUGAUGGACAUGGAAAACACGAACUAAUAAUUAAAGAUGCGAAGAAUUCUGAUGCAGGAACAUAUAGUUGUAGAGCAACUAAUAAGGCUGGCUCUGCCGAAACUCGAACCAAUUUCGCAGUUAUAGAAGAAAUGGAAGCUCCAAAGUUUAUUGAUGGACUUAAACCUGUUGAAGUAAAAGAAGGCGAAACAGCUAAAAUGUCUGUUGAAGUAACUGGAAAACCUGAACCAGAAGUUCAAUGGAACAAAGAUGGAUGGCCUGUUCAGGUUGACAAUGUCCACACUAUCGUUAAAGAUGAAGGGAAGGGCCAACACAGCUUAACAGUAAAAGAUGCCAAUCUUGCUGAUGCUGGGACUUAUACUUGCAAGGCAGUGAAUAAAGCAGGACAAGCUGAGACUCAGGCCAAAUUUGGAGUUAUUGAAGACGUUGAAGCUCCAAGAUUUACAGAACCACUUAAAGAGCUUACAGUUGAACCUGGACAAAAUGUCGUCAAUCUUGAGUGUACAGUACAAGGAAAACCGGAACCUGAGGUCCGUUGGACUCGCAAUGGAGAACCAAUAUAUAUGAAUGGAGUCCACGCUGUCGCCAAAAAGGAUGAUAAAGGACACCACACUUUAACUAUCUCAAAUGCACAAAAAGAAGAUGCUGGAGUUUAUAAAUGCGAAGCUAUUAAUAAAGCUGGAAGGGAUGAAACAAGUGCUCCAUUAAAAUUCCCAACAGAACAUGUAGUUGAACCAAUGAAGGAAGGACAAGUUCAACCAAUAUUUACACGAAAACUAGAGCCACAAACAGUGAAGGAGGGUGAAAGCGUAGAGAUGAGUUGUCAAGUCAAUGCAACUGAAUCAAAACCAGAAAUUCAAUGGUUCCAUGACGGUCGACAAAUCUCUCCACAAGCUUCCCCGAAUAUCCAAAUGGAGCAAUCUGCAGAUGGCACUUUGCGCUUGCGAAUUCUUCAUGCUACAAAGGAUGAUAUUGGGGAGUAUCGCUGUGAAGCUGUCAAUCCUGUUGGAAAGGCUGAAACAAGCGCUCCUCUUCGAUAUGCCCAACAAGUUGCGAUUGAACAACCCAUGGAGGAAACGUUUCUUUCUUGGCGUCGACAACUACAAGAUCAACAAGUUCAAAAGGGGACAACAAACGUCGUUUUCGAGUGUGAAUUGGCACCUACUUCGGCUAGAGGGAUACGCUUUGACUGGCUCAAGGAUGGUGCAAUUUUAGCUAAUAAAUUAUUGCAAUAUGCUCUACGAAUUGAGCAAAGCCCAGAUGGGUUUACUCAGCGAUUAAUUUUCGAAUGUGCUCAAUUUGAUCACAUUGGCGUUUAUCGAUGUGUUGCUACAGAUGUUAAUGGCAAUCAAAUUUGGACCGAGGCAAGACUUGGAGUUAUUGCGCCAGCCGAAGGAGGCGAGAUGGCACCCGGACCACCAGAAUUUGUAGAACUUCUCAAAUCUGCAACAACAACGAUAGGGGGAACUGUUGUACUUCGUUGUAAAGUGAAAGGAUUUCCUCGGCCUACAAUCACUUGGAGUAGACAAGGCUAUGGCCCUGUAACAGCAACAGAUCGUAUUAGUAUGGAAUAUCAUGAUGAUGGAACAAUUAUUUUAACGAUUAAAAAUGCCGAAAUGGAAGAUACUGGCGAGUAUCGGUGUGAUGCUGAAAAUGAGUAUGGAACUGCUUGGACUGAGGGUCCAAUAAUUGUUGCUGCAGAAGGUAGUUUGCCUAUUGAUGGAGAGGCACCUGAUUUUACUGAGCCAAUACGCCCUAUUACUGUCCGUGUUGGUGGCACUGGAAUUCUUGAAGGCAAAGUUACUGGACUUCCCUUCCCAGAAAUCAAAUGGUACAAGGGUGAUCAGCUUCUCGUUCAAGGGGCAAAUCCCCGAUACCGUAUCGAGGCACAUCCUGAUGGAACACAGCGACUAGUUAUCAGUGAUGCACAACUUGGGGAUAUGGAUGAUUAUCGCUGUGAAGCUAGCAAUAAAUACGGGGACGUUUGGAGUGAUGUGACAUUAACUGUUUCAACCCACACCCCUGAAGUUUCCGAAAUGCAAGGGCCAACUGCACCCUCAUUCGUUAAACCUCUACAGGAGGUUCAUGCUCAAGAGGGUGCACCUGCUGAGUUGGAAUGUGUUGAUGGUGAACCAAUUGAUGCUGGGGAUGUUCAUUUCAAACAAACUCUUUUCCCUGAUGGCACGGCACGCCUAACACUUCCUGCGGCACGCAUUACCGAUGCUGGCCAGUUCCGUUGUGAAGCAACUAAUCCAUCUGGGAAAGCAUCAACUGAGGCUCCUCUUCGUGUAGUUUUAGCAGAAAAAAUGCCUGAAAUUCCGAAGGAAAUGGUGCCAGAAUUUGUUGAACAACUUAAACCUGUACAGGCUAAGGAAGGAGAAGAACCCUUCUUUGAAUGUAAAAUACAUGGAACUCCAAAACCUGAUGUUAAAUGGUACAAGAAUGGCCGAGAACUUGGACCAGAUGAUGGGAAAGUUGAAUCAUUACCAGAUGGCACACAACGCCUUCAUUUGCCUCCAGUCGGCCCCAACGAUGAUGGAAAUUAUUACGAAUGUGUAGCAACAAAUCCAGCAGGGUCUGCUAGAUCUGGAGCGCCACUAACUGUUAUUCGUACGUUUAUAAGAAUAGUUCAAUUUAUAUACUGA